CCCAAAGGAGGCCUGGAGGGAGGGCAUGGCAAGGCCCCAGGGGGUCCCUCCCUUUCCUGGCUUGGGCUGCCUGGAUAAGAGGCACAACAGCAGGACCAGGAGGAGGAGAGAGGAGGAGAGCAGCUCGGCUCCUGGAGGAGAAAGAGGAGCAGGAGAAAGAGGAGCAGGACAAGGAGGAGCAAGACAAGGAGCAGGAGGAUGGCCCCUGUUGCAGAAGCCCGCCAGGAACCCCUGAGCCCCAGCCACUACUUCCGCAGGACCCCUCUGCUGCUGAUGUUCCUGAUCGGAGGCAUCAAUGCCUACCACGCUUGGGCCUUCUUUGCACCCCAAACCAUCCCCUUUGACAAACUGGGACUAAUAGGUGUUAUAACGAAAUAUAUAUUGGAAAAUUAUAACACCCCUCUGAGAGUAUGGUUUGUGAUGAUUUGGAUAUUACAUACUGCAUACGCAUUUUGGGGUCUCAAGAUAUGCAAGGACAAAGACAUCUCUGAUGGCAAAACUCAGUUUCUGUGGUUUGCUCAAACAGUUGCAUUUGGACUAGGUUCUCUUUUCUUUUUGUGGAUUUACAGACCACCAAAGAAAAAACAAUGAAGGAUUCAAGCAGAAGACAACAUAGAAACACAAUCUGGCAUUUUGUUCUUGCUCUCAGCUUAAGGAUGGCUGGACCCCUAGAUAGUUAAUAAGUUCAAAAUACAUCCUGUUACUUCUUACCAGGAAAAAAACAAAACACUGCCUUCUAGCUGCAAGAGAAAUUAAAUAAUUUGCUUAUGAUUUUUUUUCUUGAAGUUGAUAAUGGGGAAGGGAGCCUUAAUAGUUUGAUCAGAGAAAUCCUAUAUUAAAUAAUGAAGACCAAGCACAAACACCCCAUAGGGGAUCUUUUGAAAAGCUGCAAUACAGCCUACUUCAGAAUUUAAAAUGGGGCCUGUAGCCCAGCAGUAACUAUAUUCUCUGAUCUAGCUGAGUUGCAUAGACUAGUGUGGUGAGCCAAGGAAAUCAGACCUAGGCAUGUACGCCUGGCUUCAUGUUGUUGUUGUUGUUGUUGUUAUUAAUAAUAAUAAUAUUAUGUUGGGCCUCAUUAUUGGUCCUCCUGUCUGGACUUUAUGUUAGGUUGAGGUGUAUGGCCUUCCAGAUGUUGGACUGCAAUGCCCAGCAUCUCCUACUGUUGGCUAAGGCUGAUAGAACUUGGAAGUCCAAUAACAUCCAGAGGGCCACCUCUAGUUUAUAGGUGAUAUUUAAAUUAUUUAUAUAAGUAUUAUGCAUUAUAUAGAACAAGACCUCAAAAUGGUGAAGGGUCUGGAAAUCAUGUCCUAUGAGGAACGACUUAAUGAGCUGGGGAUGUUUCACCUAGAGAA